AUGGCGGCCCGUGUCCUUUCCACCUGUGUCUGCUGCCUCCCCGCGGCCUUUGUACCACUGCCUCGGGCCACCACUUUGGUCAUGACCCGGCCACUCAGCACCACUCUAUUCCCUUUGGGGAACCGGAUGAAUCUCAGGGCUCCGCAGUCGGUCUCGAUGCUCGUGCAGGCUCCUGGUAGAGUCACACAGCUGUGCUGCCAGCACAACAAUGCACCACCAUUGACGUUAGAAGGAAUCAAGGACCAUGUUCUUUACAUCUUGAAAUUCUAUGAUAAGAUUGACCCUGAAAAGCUUUCAGUGAAUUCCCAAGACCAGGGUUUAGACAGUUUGGAACAAGUGGAGAUUAUCAUGGCCAUGGAGGAUGAAUUUAGAUUUGAAAUUCCAGAUAAGGAUGCGGAAAAAUUAAUGUAUCCACAAGCAAGUGUAGAUUACAUUGCAGAUAAGAAGGAUGCAUGUGAAUAA